AUGAGCAAAACAAAUCGAGCUGUGGCUGUUUUGCGUGGAGACCCUGGAGUGCAAGGAACUGACAAAGAAUCUGAUCCAUGUGUUAUCAGGGGUGAAAUCAAAGGCAUCACUCCCGGAAAACAUGGUUUCCACAUCCAUCAGUACGGAGACGCUACGAACGGAUGCACUUCGGCUGGUCCGCAUUUCAACCCCUUUGGCACGACUCAUGGUGGACCUGAUGAUAAAGUUCGUCAUGUUGGCGAUCUUGGUAACCUUGUGGCCGGCGAUGACGGCACUGUCAAAUUCGAGCAUACUGAUCACUUGAUCAAAAUCCAUGGAGAAAACUCGGUAGUCGGUCGUUCCCUUGUUCUUCAUGCAGGCGUUGAUGAUCUCGGCAAAGGAGAAGGUCCCGAGAAAGAGGAAUCUAUGAAAACUGGCAACGCUGGAGCUCGCAUUGCUUGCGGUGUGAUCGCUCAUGCUGCUCCGCAGUGA